GCGCGCAGUUGGAUGAUUAUGUGAUAUUUGUUUUAUAUUGUCUUUUUUAAUUAUCCUUCUCCUGUCCUCGUAAGUCGUAAGGUGAACCGGGCUUUCUGAGAUGGCGCACGGUUUCGUCGUGGUGGUACGGCGGACCGGUGCCGAGGGCUCGUCGUUCCCGCUAGUGACCGACUCGUGCAUCAUCGGCCGCCACUCGGACUGCGAUGUGCGCGUCCAGCUGCCCACCGUGUCCCGACACCACUGCCGCGUCGACGUCGGGCCAGACGGACAGGCAAGGCUAGCAACGCUGUCGAGCACCAACCCGCCGCUGGUGAACGGCGAGGUGGUGGAGCUGGACCAGCCGCGGCCGCUGCGCCACGGCGACCUGUUCACCGUGGGCGAGCGGACGUUCCGCUGGACGUACCCGGAGGGCUCGCCGCUGGAGCUGCCGGCCACCGGUGCCGGCGAGCAGCUGCCGACUCCGACCAGACGCCGCAGCAGCGGCGCACGACCGCGGCCCGCCGCCGCCGGCGAGAAGGAAAACGACCCGGGCAGCGGCAACGGCGACACGGCCGGCCAGGCGGCGCCCGGCUCCGCUGAAGGCGGGCGGCCUCUCAAACGAAUUCACUCGGAGGAGGUGCUCUCGGUGCUGGGCGCCAGCGAGGCCAAACGGAAGCGGGUCUCGUUCGGUCCGAUGCUGAGUCCGGAGCAGUUCAACCGGAAGCUGCCGCCGUCGACGCCGGUCAAGAAGGGCGGCCGCCUGUCGACUCACACUCCGCUGGUGCAGACGGUCAUCAUGGAGGAGUCGGACACCGUGGUACACACCCCGGUCAGAGGCCUCCUCAAGCGCAAACUGAGACGCUCGCAGUCAAAGUCGCCGAAGCCGUCCACUCCGGCCAAACGCCCGUCUCCGAAACAAAGUCCCAAGUCGGGGAUCGCCACGUUGGGCGCGACGGUGAAUGCCACUCCCAAGAAGUCGUCACCGAAAACGUCCCCAAGGGAACCCGCUCAAAAGGGCACGUCCACUAUAACGUCGCCCCAGAGCACGCCCAAGUCCGGUAAAGGGGCAUCUCCUGCGAAGCCAUCUUCGUCGCCGCGCUCCAGCCCCAGGAUGGCGAGCACGGCCGAUGUCCUCUCUACCGCGUUGACGGUAGUCAACAAUAAAGACGUGCUUGUCACACCGAGUCCAAGGGGAACUUCCCUUACCAGGCCUACUCCCAACAAGUCUCCGAUCCAGGGAACACCAACUCCGAAGAAGUCUCUGAUCCUGGCUACACCAACUCCGAAGAAGGGUGCUACUCUGGAGAAGUUAACUACUCCUAAGAGGGGCACUACUCCGAGGAAGGGUAUUACUCCGGACAAGGGUACUACUCUGAAAAAGGGAACUACUCCGAUAAAAGAUGCUACUCCGAAGAAGGGUAAUUCUCCUAAGACUGUCACUCCUACAAAGACAGCGACUCCUAAGCUGUCCACUUCGAAGAAAGCUCUCACGCCUAAGACUGCCACUCCAAAGAAAGUAGUAGCCAGCCGUAAAACGCCCACUCCUAAGAAGGUGACAAGUGCAGCUAGUAUGCUUACUCCUAAAAGGCUAACUAGCCCCAAAGCAGUUACUCCCAAGAGCUUGCGCGCCUCAGAAAAGUCGCCUGCUUCCGUGGAGCGGCGUUCGGUGUCUUUGUUGGCGUCGAAAGUGACGCCGCGCAGUCCGAAGGGGACGCUUUCCACGCCGAAAACUGUCAAGACACCGAUGUCUGCAAAUGUACACACACCUAAGAGCACGGUGUCUCCUGGAAAGACCCCCGCCAGUAAAACACCGACUCCUAAGAAGACUCCAGCUGCCUCAAGAAAGGCAGCGGAAAGUCCCAAGUCGGUUACCCCGAGUAAAGUUGCCAGUCCCAAAACGACUACUCCCAAGCGGGGCAGCACGCCAAUGAAGUCCAUGUCCAAGGAGACAGGCACUCCUAAGACACCAGGGUCGAUGCAGCGGCGCUCAGUGGCUGUCACAUCCUCGAAGGUUACACCGCGCUCUGCUAAGGCAACAACGAUCACACCGAGAAGGAAGAGCGAAUCGACUUUGGUCGUUAAAAGCGGAAAGAAAACUUCGCGGGCCUCGAGUGGCCAGGCCGGGACUGCUGCUCAGACUCCUACCAUACGUGUCUCCAUGUCGAAAACGGCGCUAUCCAGGUCCGCGAAGCGAGCAUCCGCCACGCCUGCCGCCUCGACUGCGAAGAAACUUAAAGAUGUUGCGAAGAAAACGCCGGCAACACCUCGUCAGAACGCAAAGACACCGAAGACCGCGUCGAAAAGCACCCGUGGAAAGACGCCAAGCCGCAAGUUCAAGCUGACCUACGCGGAUAUGUUAAAGAAAAAUCUAAAGAACAAAUACAUGAAGCUCGCUAAGUCUGCCAAGAAGGCUCCGGCGAAAACCAAGAAACCGAAAGCUCUCAAAACACCCACGUUGAGUACGGAGGUCCCUGGCAGUUUCUCGUUUGGCUCUCCGACUACAGGCCACGCGCAGUCUCCGCCAACUUACGUACUGCACGGCAAGGCGGCACCCAAACGGGCGCUGUCCGCCAAGAAGCCGCGUACGCCCGCCGCACGGCCGGCCGCUAAGGCGACUAAGUCACCUGCUGCGCGGCGCUCGAAGGCAGAUAAGAGUCUAACGGCCGUCCGGUCGCCGCCGUCCCGCCGGUCUUCAGCCAGCUCCCGCAAGUCAAUGACGACGACGAUGGAUAAAACCUUUGACAUGGAUUGCGUACAGACGCCCGACAUUUCGCAGGACAUGUUCGUGUCGCCGAUGGGAACGCCCCGACGCCCGCUACUCACGCCCGGCAGGAUCGGAGCGAUGCUGUUGGAGCAGGCAACACCGGACGCGCCUGGCCCGGACGAAGUUGAGUCGGUGACGCCCAAGCGUUCGGGCAGGAAAGCGGAUUAUACCAAUGUGUCUGGUGUCAAACAGAUGAUGAGAACUCCGAAGUCUGCUGGAACAACGCCUAAGGCUGACUAUACCCAGGUUGCUGGCGUAAAGAAGCUGUUGAGAACUCCGAACGUUGUCGCUUCUUCUCCUCAGGCAGACUAUACGGAUGUUGCGGGAGUCAAGGGCUUGAUGAAGACGCCGCGAGGGAAAGCCGCGACUCCAAGUGCCGACUACACAAGCGUUGAAGGCGUAAAGAAGUUGAUGAAGACACCGAGAGCCAGUGCCCGCACGCCUAAAGCUGACUAUUCACAGGUUGCUGGCGUGAAAAGGCUUUUGAAGACGCCAACAUCUGUGGCGUCUCCGCAGGCAGACUAUACGAAUGUCGCAGGUGUCAAGAAACUUCUCAGAACGCCAAGGGCUGCUCCAUCUCCGAAGGCCGACUACACGAAUGUCGCAGGUGUCAAGAGGCUUCUCAAAACGCCGACGGCUGUCUCAUCUCCGAAGGCCGACUACACGAAUGUGGCAGGUGUCAAGAGGCUUCUCAAGACUCCGAGGGCUGCUCCAUCUCCGAAGGCCGACUACACGAAUGUGGCAGGUGUCAAGAGGCUUCUCAAGACUCCGAGGGCUGCUCCAUCUCCGAAGGCCGACUACACGAAUGUCGCAGGUGUCAAGAGUCUUCUCAAAACGCCGACGGCUGUCUCAUCUCCGAAGGCCGACUACACGAAUGUCGCAGGUGUCAAAAGGCUUCUUAGAACACCGACGACUGUUUCGUCGCCUAAGGCAGACUACACGAAUGUCGCAGGCGUCAAGAGGCUUCUGAAAACGCCAAAGACUGUGUCCUCUCCGAAGGCCGACUACACGGAUGUAGCAGGGGUGAAGAAAUUGCUGAGGACACCACGCCGCGCUGGCCAACAUCUUGACGAUCUAACGAACGUUGAGGGCGUGCAGAGGCUGUUCAGUACGCCAGAGAGAAUCAUGAAGUCAGUGCAACAGAGCCUCAAGCUUCAGCCCCUGCGAAACGUCUUCAAGGUGGUUGCGUCGGAGCCAGAAGUGACCGAGGUGCCAGCUCCGAAACGUGGUGGCCGGUCUCGAAAGGCGGUCGCCUCUGAGGAGGCAGAUGUCACUGAUGAGGUGCCAGCCUCGGAACGUGGCGGCCGGUCGCGAAGAGUGGCCAUCACUGAACCCAGCGUACCUGCCGAUGUGCCGACCACUAAACGUGGUGGUCGGGCGCAGAAAGCGACUCCGUCUGCUGCUGCCUCCGAGCAGCCUUCCACUGCGCCAAGAGGCAGCCGGAAGCGCGCUGCUGCCGAGCCACCGACUGCCGUCAGCCCGCCAAAACGACGGUAA